AUGGCGGGUUUGAGAUGUGACCUCCUGGACGACCUUCACGAGUGGUCAGAUCGGAUACGACAAGUUGCGCUGGCUCCUGAGACUGCCGGUGUUGCUGUUAUAUCUACGGAGCAGCUGACAGACAUUAACCAGGCUUUGGCUCUAGGUCUUAUUCCGGGUGACGGAAUCGGUAGGGAAGUUAUCCCGGCCGGUAAACGUAUCCUCGAAGCUCUGCCGGCGUCGUUGGGGCUGAAGUUCUCGUUCGUUGACCUCGAGGCGGGUUAUGAUACCUUUCUACGCACAAAAACCGCCCUUCCAGAUAAGACGGUUGAUACCCUGAAGAAGGAGUGUGAUGGAGCUCUCUUUGGAGCUGUCAGCUCUCCAUCGAGCAAGGUUGCCGGAUACUCUUCUCCCAUCGUCGCUCUGCGCAAGAAGCUAGAUCUCUACGCGAAUGUACGCCCGGUCAAGACCACGGCCGGUGCCAACGCUACUGCACGACCAAUUGAUCUCGUCAUCGUCCGCGAGAACACAGAGGAUCUCUACGUCAAGGAGGAGAAGACCUACGACACCCCCAAUGGCAAAGUAGCGGAAGCAAUCAAGCGAAUCUCCGAACGUGCCUCGUUCCGCAUCGGUACUAUGGCCGGUGAGAUCGCCCUACGCCGCCAAAAGAUCCGUGAAGCCCAACAGUCGACUGGCGCCAGCCCCAUGGUCACCAUCACCCAUAAGAGCAACGUUCUCAGCCAGAGUGAUGGAUUGUUCCGCGAGACCUGCCGCAGGGCCCUUGCCAACGACCGAUUUGCGAGUAUCGAGGUCGAAGAGCAGAUCGUAGAUUCUAUGGUCUACAAGCUUUUCAGACAGCCGUCCUACUACGACGUCAUCGUUGCUCCAAACUUGUAUGGAGACAUCUUGUCUGACGGCGCUGCGGCACUGGUAGGUAGUCUGGGUUUGGUACCUAGUGCCAAUGUUGGCGAUGGCUUCGCUAUUGGUGAACCAUGCCACGGCAGCGCCCCUGACAUUGAAGGAAAAGGCAUCGCUAACCCCAUUGCCACCAUUCGAAGCACUGCAUUGAUGCUGGAGUUCCUUGGUGAGGAGGAAGCGGCAGCUAAGAUCUAUGCUGCUGUCGAUGCCAACCUGGAUGAAGGACGAUUUCUUUCUCCUGACCUUGGCGGCAAGGCUACGACCACCGAGGUGCUGGAAGAUGUCCUCGGAAAGCUUUGA